CUGGUUGCCACCACGUACUUAUUAGUAUCACAAACCAACGCGUGACUGUUUAUUUCAUCUGCCAUGCGGAGGGAGAGGCUUCAACUUGAUUCUCUGACUAUCCCUCCGUGAACCACGUCAACGUCUGUGCCAUCCCGCCAUCAGAAAACCAGGUCACUCCGAUACGUCUUAGCCGACAAAUCCCCGGCCUCGAGGGAUCCAUCAUCCCAAAUCAGCCUUCUGUUGGUCCUGGGCCCAGAGGGAAUUGCCGCCAUGUCAAUCAAUUGGGUCAUGCUCGACGGCCAACAAGGCUUCGUCCCUCUGCCUAACGAGAGAAUUGUCCAUAAAUCAUCUCCAAGGAUUGCUUUAUCUAUCACCACCCCGGGGGCUUAUCCAGCCAACAACCCCGUUGAUAUCCACUGUAAUUCAGGUGUCGCAUAUUUAACAAAUCAAAGGGUGGUAUAUCUUCCUGACAAGGCCACCCAAGAGCUUCAGUCCUUCUCCGCCCCCAUUCUGAAUCUGCACGACACUCAUGUUACAUUUCCCUGGUUUGGCCCCAAUGCCUGGCUUGCCGUUCUACAACCAGUCCCUGGGGGCAAUUUUCCCGAUACUCAAUCCGCCAUUGAAGUCAAGAUGACCUUCAAAGAAGGCGGGGCACCCGAUUUCCAUUCCAAUUUCGAACACAUCAAAGAAAGGCUGCAACAAGUGGUCUCACUGGCCCGAGAAAACAACCUUGGAAGGCGACAAGACGGCUUCCUAGGCGACGUGAAUCUGGAUGCGGUGAAUCUCGAUCAAUUACCUUCAUACCAAGAUUCUGGAAGAGAUAGGAUGGCGUCACCGGACCGAACCACGGAAGCACAGGAUCUGCUGCACUCGCCCGUCAGGGAAACACCCAUCCUUGCUCCGAUACCAAGACGGCCGGGAGCGACAUCAACGGUGAGGGAUACUGGAACCCCUGCCGAUGCCCCUCCUGGCUAUGAGGAAGCACAACAACAAAGCGUUCAAGCCGAGUUGGAGAGACGACUGUCACAACCUCAGCCUUAAGACGAGAACAGGACAUAAUGAUUAUCUGUAUUUUCAUAUAGCCUAGGAUUGGAGUUCGGCGUCGAGGUGUUCAGACCAGCUCCAUCCUUGACGACAGAGUCCAUGUCGAGGUGGGAGGCUUGGCAUGUCCAAAGGGAUGGACCUCAGUAGCCAAUCAUAUGCU